GCACCUGAAGGCAGCACACGGUGCGGGAUGACGCUGUAAAAAUGGCGGCCGUGGCUGUGUUAGCAGAGCUGAGGCUCAGAGACGGACAUAGAGAGAAAAUCUGCGUUAAAGUAGAAAAUAAUCUGAGUUCUCUGAUCAGCGGGAUUCACCAGCUGAACGCGGACGCGUCACGGCUCCUCAGCGAGCUGGUGGAGCGGGAAAACCCCCGCGGACCAUGCGCAGAACAAGCAGGUCAGGAGGAAGAGGAGAGUGAUGAAGAGGAGGAGCGUCAGAACUCUCAACCCCAACCUCCCGCUAAAAGAUCCAAAACCUGAACAGCUGGGACUCUGAGACUCGAUGACAUCACGUUUGUUUACCUGAUUGAACAGGUUGAUCUCUAACUCAGGUGUUCAGCAUGAGUUACCACGGCGAUGACACCCGGUAACAAGUGAUCCACAAAACCCUAACCUGAAGUUACCACGGUAACGCCAAAUCCCAACGGUGUCUUCUCUGUGAUUAUGACAUCUUUAAUCUCCAAAACCUCUCAACACCAGGGGGCGCCAACAGACCAUAAUAACAGACCAUAGUAACCAUAGUAACAGACCAUAAUAAGAGCUCAGAAAUGAUGUCACUCCAGUGUUUAUUUCUCACAUUAAAGAAAUAUAAAACGUCACAUUUUAUUAGUUUUUUUCAUUUUAUUGUCAUCAGAAUAAAGUUGUCAUGGUUAC